AUGGAUAAACCCAAUUUUCCCGAGAAACAAACGCCAUCAUGGGGCACGUGGGAGGAGCUCCUCCUCGCCUGCGCCGUCCACCGCUUCGGCACGCAGAGCUGGGACGCCGUCGCCACCGAACUCCGCAAACGCAGUUCCAAUCUCCAUCUUCUCACCCCGCACGCAUGUAAACGCAAGUUCCACGACCUCCGACGUCGUUUCACUCAAAACGACUCCGCUUCCGGCAAAGACGACGAUACUCCCCCUACUCCUUGGUUAGACCAGUUACGACAACGCCGUCUCGAUGAACUCCGACGUGAACUCCAACGCUACGACCAUUCCAUCGUGUCUCUGCAGUUGAAGGUGGAGAGAUUAAAGGAGGUUCGCGAACAGAGUUUGAGAGAGACCGAAAAACCGGUUGAAAAAUCGGAUCUAGAGAAGACUGGAGAGGAAGAGAUCGAACACAGAGACGCCGAACCGGAAGACAAUUCGCCGGAGAAGAGAGGUAUCUCCGGCGAAGUCUCCGAGCAUGACGACCGGUCGUGUAACGAAUCAAACACGACAGAUCCGAAACACGAGAUUCCCGAAACCGAAGUCGCCGAUGCGGAUAAAGGCUCCGGACAGACUGAACCGGCCGGUGAGGAGAUUGAACCGGUGGAGAAGUUGGAUAAUCCGGUGGUGGAGGAUUCGUGUAACGGAAGCUCCGAUUCGGUGGUGAAGGAAACGGCGGUUGUGGAGGCGGAGAAGGGGAACUCCGGCGAGUUGAAGGAAUCGGUGGCCGAGUCGAAAGGAAGGGAGGAGGAGGAGGGGACGAAGGAGAGUCCGAGUAACAGUGAGGUGCAGAGCUCGGCGAGUUUGUCGAGAAAACUAGGGCAGGAACCGAAACCGGGUGGACCGGGCGGUCCGGACAGACCGGAAGAACCAUCUGAACCGGACCAAGAGGAUGAAUCUCCCGCCAUGAAGGGGGUCCCCGUUGAAUCUCAGCCGUUGGCUGAAUUCCUCGGGAUCCUCCGGUCUCAUAAGUUUGCCUCCUUUUUCGAGCGCCGGCUUCAUUCCCAGGAGACCCCCAUUUAUAAAAACAUGAUUCGGCAACACGUAGAUUUUGAAUUGGUGCAAACCAGACUUGAAGGAGGUCGGUACGAACCCUGCAGCAGAUUCUUGUUUUUUCGAGAUCUGUUGCUUAUUUGUAACAAUGCCAUAGUCUUCUUUGGGAAAAAGUCUCCAGAAUACAAGGCUGCGUGCGAGCUUCAGUUACUAGUUUCAAAGGAAAUGGUUCUUCAGGCUCCUAAACAAGAUCCGCCACCUAAAGAAGAAACUCCGAAACCGCUAGCUCCACCUCUGAACCAGGAUCCUGAAACGUCGGAUUCAUUGCUAGCAAAAUCAAAACUUUCACUUCCACUGAAUGCUUGUCGCAAGCGCAGCUCAAUUACUGCAAGAGCAUCCACAACAUCUUCUUCUGGACCAGACAGAAAAAAAGAGCAAAUCACCACCUCAUUCCGUGAUGUCAAGCCAGCUAUAAGUUGGAAGCAAAAAGAAGAAUCCUCGGAUGAAGUUGAGAAACUUCACGUCACCAAGAAGAGAAGAAAAGAAAGACUCAGGAGCAGUUCAAGAAACAACUCGAGCAAAAAUGGCAGGAGCCGUGGUAAUACUAACAACGACAGGAAUUCAGAAGCCAAUGACGGGUUUUCAAGCAGAGUAGUGACUAGCAAUGAGAACUCAGAGUCCAAAGCUGAGACGGAAAAGAAGAGCAACACUAAUUCAAGUGGGAAAAAGCGAAGCGCCGCAGAUUUUUUGAGUAGAAUGAAGAGGAGCUCCACAACCAAAACUGGAUUAUCGGCAGAGACAUCAAAGACCCCAGACAAUAACAGCAAAGGAGGAAGAGCAGAGCAGAGGAAGAAUGGAAAUGGCAAGGGAAAUGCACAAAAAGAUCAAGGUUCGCGCAGAGGUUCUGGUGGGAGACAAGCUGCAAAAGAGCAAGGAAGUCCCACGAAAAGGAGUGUGGGACGGCCCUCAAAAAGGGCAGCCGCACCAGUAACAGCUGGUCCGGCUAAGCGAACUAGACAGAGAGGCUAA